AUGGAAAAUAUUAGCGGUCUGUCUAGGAGUCAACCUGAGGUGGAAGCCCCAGCUGUAGAGACAAAUAAUUCUCAGUCUCAGCAGCCAUUGCCUCCAUCUAUUCUAAAGAAAAGGAAAGAGGUUGACACUAGAUCUCUUGUAUGGGAUCACUUUGAAAAGAUAAAAAACAAUGAGGACAUAGUCAUCAAGGCAAAAUGUUUAUAUUGUUUGAAGAUGUUUGCAUGUCAGUCCAAGAAACAUGGGACUUCUUCUAUGAGAAAUCACAUUUUAAACUGCCUUAAAAAUCCUCACUCUAAGGAUACAAGGGAAUCUCUGUUGACAUUCCAACCUGCCCCUUCUUCUGCUGGAACUGAAAGUAGUCAAGGCACAGAAGGGGUGUCGGGUACUUGGGUGUUUGAUCAAGACUUAAUAAGGAGAGCCUUAGCUGAGAUGAUUAUUGUGGAUGAACUGCCAUUUAGGAUUGUUGAGGGACAGGGAUUUAGGAAGUUUGUGUUAGUUUGUUGUCCUAUGUUUAAAAUCCCUUCAAGAUGGACUAUCAACAGGGAUAUUUUCAAGAUAUUUUCUGAUGAGAGGAUUAACUUGAAGAAGUUUUUUAGGACUAGCAAUCAGAGGGUCAGUAUCACAACUGAUACUUGGACCUCAGUCCAGAGAAUAAACUACAUGUGCAUAACUGCACAUUUCAUUGACAGUGAGUGGAAGCUCCAAAAGAAGAUCAUUUCAUUUGUUUCAAUCUAUUCCCACAAUGGGGAAAAUAUUGCAAAGGCUUUGGAGAGUUGUCUUUUGGACUGGGGUCUAAAAUUAGUCUUUAAUGUGACAGUUGAUAAUGCUUCUAGUAAUGAUACUGCCCUAGGUUUCUUGAAGAAGAAGUUAGUGUCAUGGGGUUGUUCUAAUGUUAGGAGUAAGUAUUUGCACAUGAGGUGCAUUGCUCACAUCUUUAACUUGGUUGUACAGGAUGGGUUGAAAGAAUGUGACAGUGCUGUUAAGAAAGUGAGGGAUGUUGUUAGGCAUGUGAGGAGCUCACCUGCUAGGGUACAUAAGUUUAGGGAUCUAUCUAAUCUAAUUGAGGUGGAAGCAAAAAACUCAUUGUGUCUUGAUGUUCCUACUAGGUGGAACUCCACCUAUAUGAUGCAAUAUACUGCUUUGUUAUUUCAAAAAGUGUUUGAAGUGUAUGAAGAUCAUGACAAUUCAUUUAAGGCUGAUUUAGAUGAAAAUAUACUUGAUUUCAUGGAUUGGGAGUCAAUUGCUUCUUUGGUUAAGAUUCUUAAAUCCUUUUAUGAAAUGACUGUUAGGAUUUCUGGUUCAUUGUAUGUGACUGCUAAUACCUUUUUCUCUGAAGUUUCUAAUCUGUCUUGUCUGUUGAAAAAUAUGAUGGAAGCUAAUGGCAGUUUUAAGCUGAUGGACCCCAGGGACAAAAUAGAAUAUAUGCCUAUACAAUUUAAUCAGUUAUAUGGUGAGAAAAAGGGUAAAUCAAUGUUUGAUAAUGUUAUGGUCGGCCUUAAGGAGUUGUUUGAAGAUUAUGUGGCCUAUUUUCCUGUCUAUUCUGUUCAGGAACAAUCUGACAAAUUUGCCCCCUCUAUCACUUCUGAUUCUGUUUCUGUUGGGAGACCUCAAUCCUUACUGAAAUCUCAAAUUAAGAAACAGAGGUUCCCUGUGUUAUCUAAAAUGGCAAGGGAUUUACUUGUUGUUCCAAUUUCUACUGUUGCAUCAGAAUCAGCAUUCAGUACUAGUGGCAGGGAACUAGAUUCUUUUAGGAGUUCUCUAACUCCUAAAAUUGUUGAGGCACUUGUGUGUGCACAGGAUUGGCUGAGGUUAGCCAAUCAACCUAUAUCUGUGAAAGAAAACAUUGAUGAUGUUGAAAGGAUUGAGAAAGAGUUGUGCAGCACAUCCAGCUCUAGAGUUGGAUCUUCACUACCUACUAUUCUUGUAUGUGCUGGAAAGUGUAAUUUGGAAACUGCUCAUGGCUUGUUUGUAAAUUCAAGGUUCUUGUAUGAUACAAUACCUCCUCAUGUUCUUGAUGUUACUCCUGAGACUCAACUUCCCUCUGCACAAGUCCCUGAACAACCAGCACCAACAUUGCCUGAGACUAACAAUCUUACAGCAGAGGUGUUAAGACAAUGCAGUGAAGAGCUCAACAAAGCCAUUAUGGUGAAAAGAAUAAACUUGGACUUAAAGUUGCUCGAAGAACUCACAAUCUGA